CUCAACUCGGUUCAUUCAUCCAGAAAAUUGAUCGUUCCCUUCGCGACUCAUAUUGUUUAAGAAUAAUGAAACGUGGAUGAUGAAAAUAUAGUUACAUUUCUAGGGUUUGUCGGGGAUUUUCCUUUUGCAUCCUAAAAUACUUUUUUUUUCGGAAAGGAGCAGAUGUUUGAGUGUGCUUGCGUAAACGACUAGAAAAAUAAACUGGUAAUCUAGGCCACGCUGAAAUUUACUUAAAAUUAUCUAGCGAUUGAUCUAGUUAACAUUCCUGAAGUCAGUUUCGAUGUCAAAAUUCAAUCGCAACGGCUGCGUUUUGGCGGGGGGUUGGUAUAUCCAUCAUGAAUUACGUAAUGAGUGUAGGGUUGAUCUAAUUCAAAAUGACGUGUGAAUGAAGAGAUACAACUCAAAGAAAUUGUGGCACCACCAAGUUAAAAACAAAUGGAAUUUAGACUGAAUAUUAUGUGUUUCCAAAAAUGAGUGUUUCUGAUUCAGUGAUAACAGAACAUUGUGAUCCCAACAAUGGGGUGCAAUGGUGCAACCCCUCUCACCAAGAGGUGCAGAACCAGGAGUUAACCAACAACGCGAUCAACUACCGCAACAACCACUUGGUGAACAUCAACAACACGCUGGCUGCCACCAUCGGUCAACGGGUGCGGCGGCACGGAACCGCCUCUUCCCUCUGCUCGCCGGAGUCGUCACCAGAUGAUAGUUUUUUGGAUUUUGAGGAAGCUCAGCAAAGUUGUUCAUCUGUUGAUACUAGCCCUCAGGAUGAAGAUCGUGCUUUCGAUAUAUCCGACUCAGAGUCCUCAGAAGACGGCAACCUGAGCAAUAUCGUCAGUCUACCCCAGCGCCGAGGCAUAGUCAACCCCAACUACCCCGGGUUCCAGCAUCUGGCCCACACCCUUGUCUCGGACCCCGACUUCACCGAUGAUGAUUUGGAGUGCGAUGCGUUCACCGCGAAACUGGAAGCCGAGGCCAAUAAUAAUAAUAAUGUGGAAGACACCGAUUACAAAAUCGAUAGCGUGAAUCGACUUGAUAGUGUUGAGAACAUCCAGAAAGUUUUCUACGAUAAGACAGUGUUCAAUAUCGAGGAGGAUAGUGAGUUUAAUCAGAACAGUGAGUCUAGUAGUGGAAACUCGAAUAAUAGUGAUGAGGAUACGGAAGUUCGUGUGCAACUGAAUAUCAAAAUCGAGGAAAGGGAAACGCCGCUAGAGAAUAUUGUGGGGGACUUCAGUGAAGAAGUUCAUGCAGAAUUAGGAAAAGUUACCCUUGAGAAAGAGAACGUACUCGAGGAUCCCUAUGAACCUCCCAAAGUAGAGAAAGCUGUGGUUCAAGAGCUCGAAGAAGCAGUAGAGAAACUCCAAGUAAUAAAAGACUUGAAGCCAUCAGCGAUCAAAUAUAACAUCGAGCCAAAUGUCGAACAACCUUUCGGCAAACUGUCACCUACGAAACAAAUCACUUUGCACCAGGUCCUAGACGACACCGCCAUCGUUAAGAACCCAGAAGCCAUGUCUGUUGUUCAGGAAAGUUUGCCCCUCAAUGUGAAGCUCGAUGAUUCGAUGAAAAUGAAGAUAGAAGACGCAUUUCUUUCAAACGCCACGGAAGACAUCAAAGUAUCUUUAGCCAAAGAUAAUAUAUUCGUUGACUCUAAUCUCAACCUCGAAGGUCAAAUGGAGGUUGAUGUUAGCUUCAAGAAGUCUGAACUCACCAGGAAAGAUUCAAAUAGGGAGCUAGAAGAUAUCGAGUGUCAAAUCAAGAAAAUCAAAUCUGACACCCAACAAACCUUCAAUGAAGUUGAAAAAUUCUGCAAAGAGGAUCUUAGUAAAGAGUAUAAAGAAAAAGAUGAAGACAAUACAAUACCGAGAAAAAAAGAAAAGAUGGAUACUUUUGUGAAGAAAAGGAGGGACUACAACCAACAAUUUGGCAGUUUAAUAACUUUUCCAAGAAGGGAAAUUGGAAACAGAAACCGCGAUCCUAUUAAUAGGAGGUCGGUUCCCAUGGCCAAGGAGAAGAAGAGGAACAACGGCGAGGCUUCAG